AUGGCAGAGACUGCGGGUAUUACUCUAAAUGAUGUGUUCGACGGACUUGAGUUUGUCAGCUUCACCAAGGCGAACCUUGGACCUCGGUGGAGACAGGUGAUCCAGAGGACGAUCGAAUUGAUCGAGAAGAGGGUUCAACUGAUAGAAGACAAAGUGGUGAAUCUAGAGCUCAAUCUCAGAGUUCCACCGAGUCCCCUGAAAUUAGAGAACAUGUCGGAGGAUGCCAACGCGGUGGCCCCUAAUGGUGCAUAA